UGCUGCAUCGCCAACUUAACCUAACCUGCUUCCGGACAGUUUCCUGUCUGUCUCACCGUUUGUCUGUCAGCUGUCCUAGGCUGCGAGAUUAGGUACUUAACCGAUGGAGCUGGAGCUGUUCUUAAACGAGUGGAUUUUCCUGCUCCUAGCUGGGUUUGUGUUUCUGGUUGUUUGGCCGCUUUUGCUCGUCAGAUCGUGGGUUGCUGUUGUUGCUUGGUCUGUUUCUGCCGAGACCGAGAGUCGCGUGGUUGAGCUUGUCUAGCUGUUCUGCUUUGCUCUUGUUCCCUUGUUCAUUCAACUAAGCAAGCAUCACCAUGAGGUCUCUUCUUCUCUGUCUGCUGGCAUGGACCAGUCUGGGCGUGCAGCAUGUCUGCGCGAAGGCUGUCUUUGCGCAUUUCAUGCUCGGAAACACAGAAAACUACACCACCAAAAACUGGGAAUCCGACAUCAACCUGGCCAAAGAAUCCUCCAUCGACGGCUUCGUCCUCAACAUGGCCCGCAACGAAAAACUCCCCACGCAGAUCUACAACGCCUUCACCGUCUCCGCGGACCUGUCCUUCAAACUCCUCUUCUCCUUCGACUACGCCGCCAACGGCUCCUGGCCCAAGUCCCAGGUCCUGAACCUCCUGAAUGAAUACUCCACGCACCCAGCGUACUACAUGCAUAACAAGCAGCCUCUCGUCUCGACCUUCGAGGGCCCAGACGCGUGGAAAGAUUGGCAAGAGAUCAAGGAGAAGACGAACGCGUUCUUCAUUCCGGAUUGGAGUUCUGUCGGCCCCGCGAAAGCGGCGAAUCGCUCCGUCGUGGAUGGGCUGUUUAGUUGGGGAGCGUGGCCCGAGGGCCCGAGGGGUCUGAACACCAGUCUGGAUGAUGCGUACAUCGACGCGCUCGACGGCAAGGCGUAUAUGAUGCCGGUAUCGCCGUGGUUCUAUACCAAUAUGCCGGGGUUCGAGAAGAACUGGGUGUGGAGGGGAGAUGAGCUGUGGACGGAUCGGUGGGCGCAGGUGAUGGACCUGGACCCGGAGUUUGUGCAGAUCAUCUCGUGGAAUGACUAUGGGGAGAGUCAUUAUAUUGGGCCGAUUGGGGCGGGCGACGGGGUCGAUGUGUGGGAUGCGUUCGGGAGGGGAGAGGCCCCGUAUAACUAUGCGAAGGAUGUGCAGCAUGAUGGGUGGAGGACGUUUUUGCCUUACUGGGUGCAGAGGUAUAAGGCGAAUAAGACGGUGGAUGUGAGCGAGGAUGAGGAGAAUGUGGUGACCUGGUAUCGGUUGGCGAGGGACGGGGCCAGCGGGUGCAAGGAUGGUGGCACGACAGGCAAUGCGAAGGUGCAGGGCCAGAAGGAGUAUAAGCCCGAGGAGAUCCUGAGGGAUCGUAUCUUCUAUGCGGCAUUGUUGGGGAGCCCGGCGAAUGUGUCGGUGAAGGUGGGAGGGGCGGCGGUGGCGGGGACGUGGGAUGUUGAGCCGGAGGGUGGGAAGGGAGUGUAUACGGGGAGUGUGGAGGUGAAGGAUGAGGGCGAUGUCAAGGUGGUGGUGAAGCGAGGAGAUGAUGUCGUGGCGCAGGUGGAUGGCGAGAAGAUUCGAGGCGACUGCGAGGCAGAUGGGGGAUACAGGAACUUCAAUCCAUGGGUUGGUACAUCAGGGGCGGAGGGAGUCAGAGCGAGUGUGUGGAUGAGUUGGUGUCUGAUGAUGUUGUUCUGCAUGCUAUAGAUUGAUGGGUAUGGAUAUGAGACCAAGGGAUAUAUGGACUAAUCAUAAUGGGGGUUAUUAAUUU